GUUUGGCUACUGCUCUGAUACACCAAUCUGAUACACCAAUCUGGGACGCAUCCUAUCUUCGCCGCAAACACAUACUCACCUACAAGCCUCUUUUCAUCAGUCUUACCAACGACCUCUGCUAUCCCAACCAACAAAAAAAAAAAAAACACCAAAGCGAAACCCCAUCAAAAUGAAGGCCACCAUCGUCGCUGCUGCCCUGGCCCAGGGCGCCGCUGCUGUCGCCGCCCCCAACGGACCGGGCAAUGGAAACUGGGGCCCCGGGAACGGUGCCGGUUUCGGUGGAUUCGGAUAUGGCGGUGGAUUUGGCGGCUUUGGCCCCGGAGGCUUCGGCAUGGGUGUUGCUCAGUGCGCUAGCUCUUGCUUCUCCUCCCACUUCGCGACCGCCACCCCUACCCCCCAAGCUUUCUGCACCGAUACCCCGGCGCUGAACGACUGCGUUCGCUCCGCCUGCACCACCAACACGGCGGCGCUGGCGUCGUACACCUCCGUGUCCUCGUCCGUGUGCAACGCCUUCACGUCCUGCGCGAGCACGAGCACCUUCACCUACAGCGGCGGCUGGUGGGGCGGCGCGUCCAAGACGGAUGCUGCCGUCACGAUCACGGGAUGCCCCGUCGACGGCUGGUGGGGCCCCGGCGGCGCGUGGGGCGGCAUGGGCCCCGGCUGGGCCUACAAGACCGACACCGUCACAGUCACCCGCACUGUCAACGGCGUCCCCGUCACGGGACCCGCCACCGUCGCCCAGGCCGUUUCGGGCAGCAGCACGCUGUUGACGACCUUCACCGGCGCGCUGGCGGCCCAGGAGACGGGCUCGUCCGGCUCCGGCUCGAAGAACGCCGCGGCUGGUGGCGACUCCAACCGCGCUGUCAAGGUUGCCGGGGCUGCCUUGGGCGCGGUCGUCGCUGUCGUCGGCUUGAUGUAAGGGAUGCGACACCACCGGACUGGGGGGCUGUCGAUCCCAUUACCCUUAAACCUGUAUAACGCGACAAAAAUAAGGGGCCAAUGAUUUGGUGUCAAUUGUGGGGGCAAGGUUUCGUUUCUAUUUCAACGUCAUCCCUUGAUGACUAGGACCACGUGGACGCAUGGAUGUUAAUAAGGCUGGAUACCUUGUGUGUAACUUUUUCGAUGACGAGACGUCUCUGUUGGGAGAUGACCACAGUCUUUACUUAUGAUCUAGAAUAGUCACGGCCGGACGCGAUGAAUGGAAAUGAAUGUGUUUGUUUUUCAC